GCGAGUAUAUCCUCAAUGCAUACUGUGGUCACGCACAUGAACACAGUCAUCAUGCUUGAUCAUACCAACACAGGACCCUCCGCCAUCAAGCUCCUCAAUGGUCGUUGCCGCAACCAACCUGCAGAGCGCAUCUCUAAAGUUGAUUGUUAUGCGCAUUCCAUCAUGUUCAAUCCAGGGAACAACCAGGUCCGCCCUUUGUAUGUGUACACGGAUACAUGGUGUUCAUCGGGACAGUUCUUCAAUAAUGGAAGGAUGGUGCAGACUGGAGGUGAUUUUGAGGGCAACAGGAAAAUCAGGACCCUACAACCAUGCGGCGCUGGAGGUAAUUGUGACUGGGUUGAACUCGAAGAGAACCUUGUAACUGGCUGUUGGUAUUCCUCUAACCAGCUUUUGCCUUCUGGUAUUCAGCAGAUCAUUGUAGGAGGACGCAACACGCCUUCCUACGAGUUUUAUCCCAAGAGGAGAGCCGGAGAAGGCUUCUACAACUUGGGUAUGCUGGGAGGAGAUAACAAUCUUUACCCAUUUGUGUAUCUGUUGCCGAACGGAGAUCUUUUCGUUUUUGCAAACAGGAAUUCCGUGCAGUUGAACUGAAACUCGGGCAAGGUCGUGAAGGGAUAUCCUCAAAUUCUUGGAAACCCCCGUAACUAUCUUUUUGCUGGAUCUGCUGUCAUGCUUCCCUUGACAUGGCAGAUAGGUUUCGAGUUUGCACAGAUUAUGGUAUGUGGAGGUGCAGCCGCCGGUGCCUCGAAUACUGGAAAUGCGAACGCCCCAAUGUCGUUCAGUUGUGGGACAAUCGUGGCUAGCUCCAAAAACCCCGUCUAGGCUGUGCAGAAUAUGCCAAUUCGGCGUGUUAUGGGCGACAUGAUCAACUUGCCAACCUGAGAUAUUUUGAUCAUCAACGGUGCCUAAAACGGCUAUCAGGGAUGGGGAAAGGCCAACAACCCCGCCUUGAAUCCAGUGAACUACAACCCCGUGACCAAGCAGUUCCAGAUCUAUGCAAAGACCAAUAUUCUCCGCAUGUAUCAUUCCACUGCAAACUUACUGGCUGACGAAAGAGUGCUCCUAGUCAGAAGCAAAACCCACCAGUUCUACACGUACAAUAGAUAAUACCCUACUAAGCUGCAAGUUGAGGCGUUCUCUCCUCCUUACUUGGGUGCAGGAUUCAAUGGUGUAAGGCUUGCCAUCCAAGGAUAUCUCAAUCGGAUCAAAUAUAAGCAGGUGUUCGUCGUGAACUUCGCUAUGGGCCAAAGAGUGGGCGUAGUGGAGGUGAACAUGAACAGCGCUCCCUACGUGACGCACUCCUUUGCGCAGGGUCAAAGGCAAAUGAAACUGAAGACGAUGUUGCCUACCAAGGCGGGCAAUGGCUGAGCAGUGCAGGUGACCGCAGUCCCCGAAAAUACCAUUGCCCCUCCCGCAUACUACCUUCUGUUUGUGGUCCAAAACGAAAUUCCCUCCAAGGGUGUGUGGAUCAAGUAGAACAAUUAACUGCGCCCUCGUGACGACUGCCACAGUCAAGUUAAACCUCGGUGUAGAACAUUGAGCUGGUGAAUAGGUCGAUCGAAGUAUUAUUUCUCUGUGUCAGUCCUUCCAGGACUUGCACUUGUUACUGGGAGUUGUACAAUCGCGAUGUAGACGUCUAGAUAGAGUUACGAGUGUGUCGACGGUGUGGUGAGCGUCUCCUGGUGGCUUCUGGAGUGUUGAUUAUUGUUCGUUAGAUCAAUGCGAGGAUAGUGGGGAUCUUUGCAAAUUGAGCACUGAUGUGGCACAUGGGGCGAUCGAAAGUCCAAGAAGAAUCGGUUAUUGUAUUCAGAGACAAUAAAGGUGGGCCGUGCGUUGUCCUGCUGCCACGGCGGUAGUUAACUGAAUAAAGCAAGACUUCACUGACGAGGUGAGAUUGAAGUCCAACACGAGGCGAGGUUGAAGGUCGUCCAUUGUGUAUGAAGUCCAUUAGUUCUAGACUAGGAAGUCUCUUAUACAGUGAGUCUAUCGAUGGACCGGGUUGAAUAAUUUAGAUACCGCAGCUGCAUGAACAAUAUGCGUGAGUGGCGGUGAUAGUCUUUUUUCCAAGGUCCCCUGGAGUCAACCAAGAAGUGGGCCUUGAAAGACUAUGAGGGCCCAAUUGGGCUAUGUAUUCUUCGCACAAUAAAUUUAUUCAGUCUCCUGUAGAA